AUGGUUGCUCUAUUGCAGGUGUUAAAGAGUGAUCUUUCUAAAUUUUACGAUGAUGAACAAAUGGAAGAACCAUGCAUUCAAAAAUGUCUAGAUGACACCCAUGAAUUCAAGACUAACCUGAGGAAACUAAAAGCUCAUUUGAACAAACAGAUACAGGAGUCUCAGAAUGCAGACUCUAGUACUGCUCCCAAAGAAGAUGCAAAAUUAAAGAGGAGGAGAUCGUUGAUCAUUGAAAAGUUAAAUAAGUCGCAUAAGCAAUGGGAACAUUCACUGAAGAAAAAUUCAAAACAUGUGUUGCAGCAGCAAAACAAGUUCCAUAAAAAUUCCCUUUCAAAAUUAAAUGAAUUCAGUAUAGAUCAAGUCUAUUUAAAUAAGAUUCCGAAUGAUUCGAAAUCUGAUAUUAAGGAUGCAAUAGGCUAUCACAUAUCCAGAUAUAACAUUGGAAAUUUGCCAGUAAGUGGGAAGGAUGAGAUUAUGCAAUAUUUGAAAAACGUUUAUGGUAUUGACGAAAUUAUAUCGAACAAGUUUGUCGUAAUGGGUCAAAUUAUUCAGGAUUUGAAAAAGAACAAUUUGAAUACUUGUUUUCAAUGGUGUCAGGAGAACAAGACUACAAUUGGUUCUUCCCAGUUUUCGUCAUUGGAAUUUGAGCUCUAUUUUUUAAAUGCAUUAGAAUUGAUAAAAGUGGGGAAUACUGUGGAAACAGCUAAAUAUUUUAUUGAAGGAAUACCCCAAGAUUCAUUAAUUGCAAUAAAGAGUGAUAUCAUAUCCAAAGUUCCACGUCUAUUAACACAGGUUAUAUUAGGUCAACAAAUACAAGAUAUCGAUUGUCUGAUGGAGGAACAGUUAACUAAAUGCAUUAACCUAUUCACAAAAGUAUUUUGUGAACAUAACAAUUUAACUAAAGAUUCUCCAAUUUUCUUGAUCACGUUAAGCGGAUUGAUAUCUUUCCAAUACUUUAUAAAAUACAGAACCAUUCGAGCGGUCGCCCAUGUGGACUGGACUACCAAGGAUGAGUUACCAUUUGACGUGAAAUUACCCGAUUUCCUGACGCAUUUCCAUCCCAUCUUUAUUUGUCCUGUAUUAAAAGAAGAGACAACAGAAGAAAAUCCUCCAUACUCUUUAGUAUGUCAUCAUAUUAUAUCCAAGAAGGCUUUGGACAAGCUAUCCAAAAAUGGGACAAUUACUUUCAAAUGCCCAUAUUGUCCUGUGAAUUCGGCAAGGGCCAAGACAAACAAAGUGAAAUUCAUAGGAAUAUAA